UUAUAUUAUAAUUACUUGAUAAUGUUAUUGGUAUUUGCAAAAACUCUCUCUAUACCCUUGUUGUUAUGGAUAUUUAUUGGCACUGCAGCUGCGUGGGAUUUGCGAUUUGUGCUGGACUACUUUAGAAGACGAGACGUCAGACAUCUGUCUCUUCUACAUUGCACCUCGCCUAAUGACGAAUUAACUUUUGGUCACACAUUCAUUGAUAACAAUGUCAGAAUAUCAACGUGCAGCAUUAAUAAAGAUAUAACGAAAAUAGAAAAUGUAUUACGAAGACACUCUGUUCCCGUUGGUGUGUUAUUGAACGGAGCAUGUGAUAACACAUACAAUGUACUAGAUAAGUCAUCGAAGAGCGGUCUGUUCGACGCGUCGCAUAUUUGGCUCAUUUUAGACCACACCAGUGCUGCACGGAACAUGACUAUCGAUGAUAUGUUUCAACAAAUGAAUUUGAGUGUCGAUUCCGAUAUUGCAAUAGCUACUGUCACGGGAAGCCAUUACGAGCUAACGGAUAUAUUUAACUUUGGCAAGAUACAGGGAAACGAAUUGGAGAGAAAAAUCUUGGGGACUUGGGACCAGAUGAACGGUUUGAAGAUUUCAUCGAAAUCAUUCAAAUUUUAUGAUCGCUGGGAUUUCCACAAUCUGACGUUCCGAGUUGUCACUGUGGUCGUGGGUCAGCCAAAAACUUUUGAGCCAGACAUGCUUACAAGCUUAUUUUAUACAAAGGGAAUAUCAGUUUUUACAAAAACGGCUGCGAUCGUACUGGACGUUUUAAAGGAAAAACACAACUUUAGGUUUAACUAUACUGUAGCUGGAAGAUGGAUCGGACCCCCAGACAAAAACGCUUCUUUGGCAGUGACAAAUUCGCUGUACUGGGGUCAACAAGAUCUCUCCUGCACUUCAGCCAGAAUCACGUCGGAGCGACUUCAAUGGGUGGACAUUUUCAACCCACCUGUCACACAAAUAGAAUCCAGAUUUUUCUACCUUAUACCAAAUAAAGGCAUAGGGAACUAUGAGAACAGAUUUCUGACUCCUCUGUCCCCAGCGGUUUGGUGGUGCUCUGUGGGUGCUGGUAUAUUUUGUGUUGCAGUGCUGGCUGUAGCAGCUGUUUUGGAACGCAGACCUAGACCAGCGAUCUAUGCUAUGCUUAGUGUACUGGGAGCGGUGUGCCAACAGGGUUACGAAGAGGGGACAGGCAUCGUUGAACACCGAUAUUCGUGUCAAGGUCAACGUGUGACACUUUUAGUCAUAGGCUUGACAAGUAUGCUACUAUACAACUAUUAUACAAGUAGCGUAGUAUCUUGGCUGCUUAGUGCCGCGCCACCCACUCUGUCAGAUAUAGAUGGACUUAUUAGGAGUGACUUUGAGCUUAUUUUUGAGAAUAUAGGAUAUACAACAGGCUGGUUUGAGGACGCAGGUUUUUUUUACUAUAAAGGAUAUAAGGACCCCAAAGAGGAUGAGCUGAGAGAGAAGGUGAGAAACACAAAGCGUACGAAGGACUUGUACCAAACUGUCGAGUAUGGAAUUGAGCUCAUUCGCACAGGAGAUUACGCUUAUCACACAGAACCUUACUCCGCGUAUCAAACAAUCUCACGUACAUUUGUCGACUCAGAACUGUGCCGACUGGGAUCAUUACCCAUGAUAUAUCCCUCGCCUGUCUAUAUCAUGACACAGAAGAGAAGCUCUUAUAAAGAGUUCUUCAAUUGGAGUUUAAUGCGUCUUAAUGAGAGAGGCCAUAUAAAAGCAGCUCAGGCGCGCGUGGCCGGGUUCAUCGCAACAUGCUCGGGAAGUACACCACGGGCUCUUGCGCUUGGGCAGGCAGCUCCAGCAUUUGGUCUACUGGCAUCUAUCACUAUAGUGGCAGUUGUCAUAAUGUUUUUGGAGAUUCUGUGGCAUCGGUGGGCAUACAAAAACAGAAAGGGUUUGUCAUUUCCUAAAACACGGAACGAGUAGAGAAAAACAAUUUCUCAAAGACCAUAAAAAAACAAUAAAGGAAUGAAGUUUGAUGGGCCGCGCUCUCGCAAAUCAUUGUCGGGGAACUUCACACAAACUGAACACUGUACUAGAGUAACCUGUAGUUUUCGCUUAGAAUUAUUAAUAAAAUAUGCAAAUGCUCAGGAAACUCACCAGAUGCUACUACGCUGGUACAACCUCCUCCGGCAGAUGUUCCCAAAAAACAAUUAACGAGUAGAUAUUACUUUUGAUGACCUGGUAUGAUCAUUAUUUGGUGCAAGGUAGAAAAUGGGUCGGUUGUCUAUAUAACAACUUGCCAAUUAUGAAAAAAGUAUAAAAAAAUUGAUAGAAAAAUCAAACAAGAUGAAGGAUUUUAGCGCACGGGUUUGUAUGUAAGCAUAUAUCACUUAAUUCCACAUACAAAUUUGUGAAAUUAAGUUUAAAAACUCUCAAGACAAUCCAGAGCAUCGAAGUUGGACAGACUUCCCCAUUAUGAGGAUCCCUAAGAGUGGUUUGACGUGCCGCGAGCGUUGAAUAAUGGAAGCGUUGGCGGGCUAUCUAAAUCUCACGUUAUAAAUGAUGCGAUCAAUUCUUGUUUACUCCCGAAGGCCCUCAUUGAAUAUCACCCGCUCCGGGAUGCACUGCGUUUGUCUUCUCCGAUAUCUUAAAAGGUUUGGGUAAUUGAAAACUGUUAAGUAUCGCUCUUAUCACCGCUCAUUGUUUGCAUGUUAC